AUGGUCCAGGGCUACCUACUGGAAAUUUCCUCGUCUACCGCCACCUUGUGUGAUCCAGCCCUGCCCCCCACAACCUCCUGGUCGAGGACCUCCCGGUCUACGGCCUUUUUUCAUCCCUCGUCCAGCUCUCAAUGGUGUUCCUGUUCCACCGCCUGUUGGACCUCCUGGACCCCAUCCACCUCCCGACAGUCCUUAAAACUACAAUUAUUCUAA